AUUAUUUCAUAAUAUGCUAUAAACAUAUAAUAUAUAAAAUAAUUUAUAUGUAUAAUGUUCAUCCUGCGCAAGGCGCGGAUCUUAACCUUGUUCUAGUAUACAUUGCAAUCAAAGAAAAAAGAAUGAGGAUUAAUCAAUCUAAAUAUUUAAAUUACACGAAAAAGACAAAUCUCUUCACUUUUUUUCAAAUUGACGCUAUUUGAAACAGUUAUAUAUAUAUAUAGGAAAAUCGUAUUUUAAACCCUCAGAGUGUCACAUAGUUCGCCCUAGAGAGAAACUCUCUCGAGCCCGCAUCCCAAGGCGCCGUUUCGAUGGAUCUUCCUUGCUCUAACCACGCCACUCUUUCCUCCACUCUCUGAAACAGCCCUGCUCCUCUCCAUGGCCAUGAUGGUGACUAUUCCUCCGUCGUGUCUCCGCCCCCCUCCAGAUCCGCCGCCGCCGUCGUUCCUUGGCUUGAUGCAGCACUGCUCCUCCUCCUUGAAGAUGAUGGUGACAGCCCUUCCUCCUCUUUCACAGCCCAGGCCUCCUUCAGAUCCGGCGCGGAACAAGCAUCUUCCGAUUGAAACUCCUCCGGUCAAGCCACCAGAACCUCCAGACCCACCAGACGUCUCCGUCAGCCUCGUUCUUUUCACUUCCUCCAGCUCUUCUCCACAAGCUACUCAAGUCCUAGAUCUGAUGUUUAACUAUUCAAGGGUUUCAAGUUGUAUCUUUGUCAGCUCGGGAAUGGGUCUUCUCCCGGCUCUUAUUCCAGCUUUCAUUUUAUCCAUCCGCUUAUAGACGUCCAGGUCCACCUUAGCUCCUUACUCUCUGUUUACUCCUAUUCUUUUGAAAAGGAUGCAAUGCUAGAUAUGUAGGUGACUCUGGAGUUGUGGUUUUUGGCUUUAUUUGGUAGUGUACUGAUGGACUCAGUGUCCUUUGGUUAUAUCUUUGUGCCUUUUAGUGGUU